GGGUCGCCGUUGAGCUGUGUACCUCGGAUGAUCAACUUGUUUAUUCGUCGACAGCAGCACGUAUGGAGUAACCACCGGCCCCCCGCACUUCCACCCGCUGUUCGCGUGCAUGCAGGCGGGAACCACGAUAUCAGAAUAUUUGAAACGCUUCCGGAAGGGCAACUGGUAGACGAAACCCACCCCCCGACCCCCCGACCCCCCUGCAAGAAGGCAGUACCAUCCUUUAAGGGUCUGGCGGGGGUCCAGCAAGUGGUCAGGUUGCUGCUGAACCCACAAGCGGCGUGCGUAACCGUCACUGGCGAGCACGGGUCCGGCAAAACGGAGCGGGCCAUCCAGGCCUGCGACUACGUGAGGGAGAGGCACCACUUCGAUUCCUUCCUGUGGGCGGACUGCGACAAGGCCGCCUUCAAUUCCUGCUCCGACAAGUCCUCCGGCCACCCGUUUUUCGCCCUCCAAAACUGUCUGAACGAUUCUGCCUGGGAAGACCCCUGCCGGCUGGUGAGGCCCGCAUGA